GGUUUAGUUUCCUCAGGCUCUGGAUGGGAGAAGGAGGAUGCCAGAAAGCUGCAGGCAAACACACAUGUUCAAAACUUAAGAGGAGCUUUUUAACCAGUUUCCUGCAGAACUGAUAGACGUGCAAGAGUAUUUGAAAUAAUCAAGGAAUCAGAUUGGGGUUUUUUUCUUAGGUUGCAGAGGUGCAUUUAUUUCCAUAUGGAGUAACUUUCAAUGUGGCAGAAUCCUGAAGUGUUUUUGUUUACCUUUUUUUUCAAAUAUGUGGAAGUAAGACAUUUUGGGACUUUUGGGCUUUCUUCUUUCUUUGGAAAUUGGAGAAUGUGUCACGAAUGACUUUGCUGGCACCUCAAAAGUGCAUUGCUGACUACCUUUGUUGUUCCUGGAAACUGCAAUAUCCCCACCAUUAAGUUGAGCGUCAACAAACUAAAUUACAAGUUAUUUAGAAAGGAUUUUUGAAAGCCGAAUCAUGAAAGACAACUAUGGUGGAUACGAGAACCAGCUUUUCAAAGAGGAGGAUUUUACUGGAGAGGAGGAAAUGCCUACAUUUAGAGGUCGUAGCAGAGGGGGCUGUAUGAGGUGCCAGCAGAGUCACUCUCUCCAGCUGGCUGUCAAAGUCCUCUAUGGAUUUGUUGCCUUCCUCAUCAUCACUGUGGCCGUGCUGGCGUCACUUGUGUUCAAAAAGGUUGACAGCCUGUCUGAGGAGGAGUCCGUCUACCACAAGAAGAUCACCAGGGUUCAGCAAGGAAUAGACGAUCUGAGCUCCUCCUCGAACUGUUCAGGCUGCUUGGACGUGACUCUGUACAGCGAGGAGAUCAGCAGGCUGAAGAGAGAGUUUGAGGACAUCCAGAGAAUGAUACUGGGACAGGAGCAGGUCCUGGACCAGGCCUCCCAAACUCAGGAAACCAUCAAGACCACCAGCACCCGGCUGACACGCGACAUGCAAAACCACCUCAUGUCGAUCAAACUUCUCAACCAGUCGCUGGAAAGAUACCUGGAUCGGGUGGAGGGCUGGAAGGACGUGAUCGAGGAGACGGAGGAGAAAAUGAAGACGAUGGCGGAGGAUCAAUACGACAUCAAAGCUACGGCGCAGCAGGUUAACACGACGGUCGCACUCAGUACAAUGUGGAUCGAUGCCCUGCAGAGAAAAGCAGACGAGGAGACUCUGGUCCUCCAGAAGUUGACCACCGACUGGCAGAACUACAGCCGGGUUCUGACAUCCUUAAAAUCCAACAGCAGCAGCAACACACAAACGCUGCGCUUCCUCCAAAACAACAUCGUAGCAGAUCACCAGAGGAUCGCCAUGUCCACUGAGGUGUACUACGACCUCACCCAGCAGGUGAUGAACCUGCAGAUGCAACUUGACAAUGUGACGUCUUUCAUGGAUGAACAUGAGGAGAACAUGCAUGAUCUUCACUACCACUCCAGGUACUAUGAGAACCGGACAGGUGAGCGUUUCUCUGCACUGGAUGGUCGUCUGAACUCCAUCUCCAUGGAGAUCGACACCAUCUCCUCCAGUAUCAACGCCACCGUCAGCCACGUCCAGAGCAUGUACAAGUACAUCAACAUCGAGAGCUCGUCCUGCCAGAGUCGCAUGGGCAGACACACUGAAGAUCUACAGAACCUGAACAACACAGUGUUGUUACUCCUCCACUUGGCCGACACACUGAGACAGCAAAACAUGUUGCUGAAUGUCCGACUGGACGUGGACGUCAGGAACCUGUCCAUGGUGAUGGAGGAGAUGAAGCUUGUGGAUGUUCGACAUAUUGAGCUCAUACAGAACUUCACUAUACUAAAAGGUGCUCCUGGACCACCAGGGCCCAAAGGGAACCGUGGGGAGACUGGCUCAAAAGGACCUGUGGGACUCACUGGGAGCAAAGGUGACCGAGGCCCAAUCGGAGGCCGUGGAACUAUUGGAGAGAAGGGUGCCAUUGGGCCAAAAGGUGUACCGGGUCAAGCUGGUCCCAGUGGCAAUAAAGGGGCUGUAGGCGUUAAAGGAGCUAAAGGGGCUCUUGGCCCACCAGGACCACGUGGAGAGAAAGGCCAGAAAGGUGACAAUGGCCUCCCAGGUUUGGAGGGCGCCGAUGGCCUCCCAGGGCCUCCAGGGAUCCACGGUCAGCCAGGAAUACCGGGCAUCAUCGGGCCAACAGGGCCAAGAGGAAAACCAGGGCCAUCAGGGCCCCCUGGACCACCAGGAACCCCUGGACCGCCAGGCUUGCCGUACCCCCACGCCCGAGUCAACACCCAGCCCGUGACGCCUGGAACCGGGUCCAAGAGACAGUAGAAAGACAGACGAAGACGUGGACUCAGAGGGGAUUGGUCCGGGACAAAGAAGAAUUAUUGACAGAUGUAGGAAUAUCAUCAAUUGUGACUGGAGAUGGAAUAAUCCAUUUUGUUAUGGGAUUAUGCAAGACAAUUGAAAACUUCAUGAACAAAUGAAACAAAUCAAAUUGGAGUUGGGGCUCUAAAGGAAGUAAUCCUCCUGAUUUUUAUAGCAUGAAAGCAAGAAACGAACUUAAAGAAAGGUCUGAAAAAUAGAAAACAGAACUGAACUGUUGUUAAGAAGUAAGGCCGGAAAUGGACUCUGUUUGGACAGAAUAUGAAUAUGGUGGUAAGUUGGAGAAAAGUGCCUUCAUACAACACAUGGGUCCCAUUAUUACUUUUCAUGGCUCUUUUAUUGUAAACUACAGCCAAAGUAAACCCCAGAGACAACAAGCUCCAUCCACAUGUAAAUUACAUGGUAUGAGAUUUCGCCAUAAUUAAAAACUUGUUUUCGAUGAUGAGAUUAACGAGAAUAAGAAAACACAUCUAUUAUCGAAGUCUUUCCUGGUUCAAUGGACUGUGGAGGACGAGAAAAUGUUUGAGGUUGUUGUCAAGCCACCAAAACCCCCCGGGGCGUAAUAAAUAGGAGAGCUGUUAACCACACUUUUGGACUAAAGUUGUGGUGUUUUCCCAUCCAGACUUCUCAAAGGUUUACAUUCCCAUGCACUACUAUAUGGACACAGAAGAAAAUAUCCCUUUGUUUUUACAUUAUGUACACAUUGACAUGUCCUUUUCUGAUGGAUGGCACUUUAUUGGUUCUUAAAGUGUGAGAAUUAACGUGAGGUUCCUUUUGGCGUUUCAGAGCAGGUACUCUGAAGACAUUUCUUUGAUCUUCUGAUCAUUUUCUGAUCUGCGUUUGAAGAAGUAGAAGUUGCGGAAUUCAUGGUCUUGAAUUUGUUUUCUGUUUAAAAUCAUACAAUAUUUGCUUCUAUUGUUGCUGUAAGAAUGACGCAAGUAACUUUCUUGUUGACUGCUGUCGACAGGUUUGUGAAAAAAUUGACACGACUCUCAUGGCUGUGAGCUGGAGGCAGCUGGUGAUUAGCCUUUGCUUAGCACAAAGACUGGAAGCAGGGGGAAACGAAUAGCAUGACUUAUUUCGAAAGCUCACUAAUCAACAUGUAUCUUUGUUGUUUAUUCUGUACCAGGGAUGCCACGGUGAGGAAAUCAUCCCAUCAGUUAGAAAACUAACUAAACACAGGCAUGACAAUGAUAUUUGUCAAGUGGCUUUAAAUCUAAAAUUUUGCCAAAUUGGCGCAUUUGCUUUUCAGUUUGACAACAAAUCCUUUGCUAUCGUCUUGCCUGUUAACGCUCCGUCUGAACCCUGCAAGUCAUAAUUGAAAUCAGAUUGGGUGCAGCUGCAAAAUGUAUCUUCUGAAAUGCUCCCAAGGUGCCAAUGAAGCCCUUUACAGUAUAUAAUACAUGAAAAUAAACUAAAUGGGUUAGAAAUCGGUGUAUGCCCGAUUAUUAAUGAAGUGACAAUGAAGCUUCGUGAACCAUUUGCUUUAUUUUUUGACCCAACUAGAUGGCGGUCUUGGCUUAAAAAUGGCUCUAGCAAUGGUAAUUACGUGUGUUUUCAGCCCUUUGUUGAACAAAGAGUGAUCGAUCGAGUGGGCUCAGAAAAUAAAGAAAAUGGUUCAGGGAGCUUCAUUGUCACUUCACUACCAAUUACUGUGUUAGCACUAUAGUAUGCAAACAGAAAUAUAAAACAUCUGAAUGUGUUUUUUAAAGGGAGUUUUGUGCUGUAACUAUUUCUUACAAGCAACAGUUUUUAUGCUAAGCUAAGUGAUGCUAAUCACCUGCUGGCUCCAGCUCCUAAACAUAAUGGACAUGAUCAAUCUCUAACUUUUGGAAAGAAAGCAAGUUAGCAUAUUUCACCAAAUGUCUAUUAAACUAUUCAUGUUAAGAGGUUUGAAAGCUAGAAAUGUCACAAAACUCAUUAACACACAACACAUAAAUGAAUAAUAAUGUUUGUAAACAUGAAGAAGGCUUUUGUGUCACAUUUUAACACUUUGUGAAAGCAGAAUAAUUCCUUUUGAAGAGGGUUUUUGGGUCUUAUAAUACACACAUAAAUAUCCUUUUAUAUCACCGCAAAAAAAAAAAGUCUUACAAAAAGGGAAACUUACUAUUUUUGUUAACCUGUGUGUUGUAAUGAAAUGCGACUGGCUUGCAUCGAACUUCAAUAAAGCUUUUUUUAACAGA